UCUUUCUCGACGACUUAUUUUGAUUCAAACACACCUUCGUACAGUGUUUCUUUCCUUCCAUCCUUGAAAUCGCAUCUUGACUUGCAAUCGCUACCGAGAGUGUCAGGUACAUCUAGUCUUCAACCAUGUCUUCCCUCGCCGCGGCCCUCGGUCUGAGCUCAAACGCCCUUUCGCCCACGCCAAACUAUGCACCCUACCAUGCAAUCUUCAACUUCUUGUCCGCCUACGUAUUCUUCUCAUCACGGUUCCUCAAGAACAGUUACGGCAUAGACCACAAUGUCAAUCCACGAGAGGACGUUGCUCGAUUCGGCGAACGAGCUGUGCAGGAAGGCAAAAUCACCAAGAAGCAGCUCAACUUGCUGAAACGCAACGAAGCUCUUCAUGCGAAUGCUGUCGAGCAUUUCCCAAUGUUCAUCGGAAGCGCACUGUUUGCGACUGUCGCCAACGUGCCCAACCAGACCGUCAAUCGAGCUUGUCUGAUUUACACGACAGCUAGGCUGGUGUAUGCUGGAGCUUAUUUGGCCAUCGACAAGGUCUCACUUUCGUCCAUCAGAAGUCUGGCAUGGUGGGCGGGCAAUAUCACUUGCAUGUACCUGCUCUGGCAGAGUGGCAAGGCUUUGAACUCUGCAUCGCUGUAAGCUGGCGUUGAGGGCCCGAUCGCCAGUAGUGAGCGGAGCACUGAAGAUUACGCUUCAACCAUCUGGAUUAUCAGCAUUCGUUGCUCAACCGCUUUAGCAGCAAGAUUCCAGACUACCUCAAGCGACCAUGGCUUUUUGAGGUGGCACAUCAAACCAUGCAUCUUGCAAUCUCAGCAGACGUUGGUCUCGAUAUAACCCGGGGCUCUGAAGCCAAGCUCCUCCUGUCACUUAUGCUUCAACGUCAAGUAUCCGAUCUGGCAGGCAGUAUGCGGCAUCG